CACUAUAAAUGAAAAUUUUGGAGAAGUGUAUUGAACAGAAUAGGUUUGAUUUUGAUUGUAAUUGUUAUUUAAUUUCAAAGCAAUGUUCAGAAAGUGAAAGUAAAUUGUAGAUCGUUGCAGAAGAAGAGGAAAUGGACUCAAAAUCUGUGGAAGAGCUUUCUUGUCCCGUGUGCUGUGAAAUCUUCAAGGAUCCUGUUGUUCUGUCCUGUAGUCACAGUUUUUGUAAAGAGUGUCUUCAACAGUUCUGGAAGACCAAGAAAACUCAGGAGUGUCCCGUCUGCAGAAGAAGAUCCUCAAGAGCAGAUCCUCCACGUAAUCUAGUGUUAAAAAACUUGUGUGAUUCACUGAUAAAGGAGAGAAAUGAGAGGCGUUCAUCAGGAUCUGAGGAGAUCUGCAGUUUACACAGUGAGAAACUCAAACUCUUCUGUCUGGAGGACAAACAGCCGGUGUGUUUAGUGUGCAGAGACUCAGAGAAACAUGUCAAUCACACAUUCAGACCCAUCAGAGAAGUGCUUUCACCUCACAAGGAGGAGCUGAAUACAGCACUGACAUCUUUACAAAAAAAACUCAAACAUGCAGAAGAAAUGAAAGCAGAGUGUGAUAAAACAGUGAAACACAUCAAGUCUCAAGCUGAGCACACAGAGCGUCAGAUUAAAGAGGAGUUUGAGAAGCUUCAUCAGUUUCUCAGAGAUGAAGAAGAAGCUACAAUCACUGCACUGAGAGAGGAAGAGGAGCAGAAGCAGCAGAUGAUGAAGGAGAAGCUGGAGGAGAUGAACAGACACAUCUCAGCUCUUUCACACACAAUCAAAGACACGGAGGAGAUGAUGAAAGCCAGCGACGCCUGCUUUCUGAAGGACUUUAGCAUCACGAUGGAAAGAGUCCAGAUCUCACAGCCGGAUCCACAGAUGAGUUCUGGAGCUUUGAUUCAUGUCCCACAUUACUUGAGUAACCUGCGGUUCAGAGUCUGGAAGAAGAUGCAGGACACUCUCAAACACACUCCGUUGACUCUAGAUCCAAACACAGCAGCUCCUUGGCUCACACUCUCUGCUGAUCUGACCAGUGUGUCGCUCAGUGAUGUACGUCAAAAUCUUCCUGGUAAUCCAGAGAGGUUUGACAAGUAUCCAUGUGUUCUGGGUUCUGAGGGCUUUAACUCAGGAGCACACUGCUGGGAUGUGGAGGUUGGAGACAAUACACACUGGAUUCUUGGAAUAACCACAGCAUCAAACCAAAGGAAGGGAGAUGUUUUCUUUAACACUAAUGUCUGGUGUGUGCGGUACAUGAAGAGUGAAUACAGCUCAAAAUCCCCAGAACAACCCUCGACUCUCUUGACAGUUAAAGAGAAGCUGCAGCGUGUGAGAGUUCAGCUGGACUGUGACGGAGGAAAGGUGUCCUUCUCUGAUCCUCUAACUAACAUCUGUCUGUGUUCAUUCACAACAACCUUCACUGAGACUGUCUUUCCAUUCUUAUGUAAUGUCUGCAAAACUUCCCCUCUGAGGAUCUUACCAGUUAAACUGAAUGUAACAACAGAAAAUCACAGUUAAAUCUCAAUUAAGGUAUUAACAAUCAAUUAAGGUACAAUAAUUUGUUGUUUUCAUUUUUUUGCAUUUUAUGGUUCAAUAACACUCUAAUCAAAGGAAAGGGAUAAAAAAAUCCAUAAAGAAAUCUUUUUUUUUUUUUUUUCAUCCAUAAAAAAAUCUACUCAAACUGUUGUUCAAGCUACUCUAAAACAUUUCUCACAUUUCUUAUGGAUUUCUGUAUUAGGGUAACUAAUGGAUAUUAAACAAUACAUAUCUGAAUAUAUAUGAAAUUAUAUAUUUUAAGAUUUUAAGGUAAAAAAAAAAUAAACAGAAGUAGCAACAGAUAUUUUUUACGUAUAUUGACCUGCCCUGCGCUACAUUAUUUCAUUGUAUUAUCGAAAAAGAAAAAAUGCAGGGCUGGACUUGGUUCUAUUCAUCUGUUGUUGACUGGAUUUUGAUUGAUUUUUGGAUUUGAUUGAUUUUGAUUGGUGUUACACUCAAAUAUGAAUGUGAUUGUAGCGUAGGGGAGUGAUUAUCCCAACAGCCCUGCUCCAUCACACCUGUCUGUAAUGCUCCAGUGAACCUGGAUGUCUUCGGUAGAUUAUUAUAAUUGAUUACAGAAGUUGAACUCUUCACAAACCUUUUUUAACCUUUGUUUAAGAGCGUUUAGGGAGAUGUUCGGCUGCAUCAAGCUGAAGAAUGCAGCAUUUAAAGGCAGGAAGGCAGCAAGGCAUGUCCGAGUCCAGUGAUCGUGUCACAUCCUCCUGUCUACUGAGACACCUUCAUCUGAUCGAUUUUUUAAGGCAGCAUGGAUGUAUCCUUCACUGCCUUUGAUAUCCCACAAUCCUACACUGUGUGUAAUUACAGUAUAUUAAUAAUUGCAUUACUUCCACAGUAAUUUCACAGCGGGACUUCUCUUUUAUCAAACUCCACUCUCAGAAAUUUCUUGUAAACAAACAGCAUCAUAGUGUUUAUACAGUGCAUAUGUACUAUAAAGGUUCCCAGCAUGCAAUGCAGCAUGAAUAGAUCAGUUGUGUGUCAAUGUACAUGUUUGACAUUUGUUUUACACUUUUGAUGUCAUUUCAAGUGAGAAAUCGAUAUUGUAGUAAUUAAGUAUUUGCUUAGUUAUCACUAAAGCUAUUUUGUUGUAGAUCAUUAAACCUUUAUGCUGUCUUUAUGUAAUUUGUCUGAAAUCAUGUAAGCUACUUUUGUGUGCAAAAUCAUUACCUGAUAAUACAGCUAGCUUUCAGACACAGCCAGUAUUUCUACAUCUACACAACUUUUACUAAUCAAACUCAUAUUGACCUAAACAUUCCCUAUAUUCAUUAAUAUUGCUGAAUUGUGCCCAGAAAUUGUGCAUCAGUGUGCUUUGGGUACCAAAAAUAUCUAAAUCUAACAUUGUUGGUGCAGGUCAGCGCAGGUAACUGAUUCCCACAAUACAUACCUUCUUGGAAUUCGUUAUAAUCAGAUUGAAUGGAAAGAGGUCUGGAGUUACCCUCGUAAAUACUGUCUCACCAAUAAAGUUAAAGAAGUUACUUAUAAAGUCAUUCAUUUGGUCGCAAACAUUUUUAGAGGCAUGCUUCUUUUGAAACUUAAAGGAAGAAUCCAUAAAACACUUAUUUUAUGAAUGUGUAUCUACCCAAAUGUUUUGGAUUGAUAUUGAAUAUCUAAUAUUUAAAUUAACAAAAUUAAAGAUUCGACUCUCUGGUAAAGAUAUAGUGGUAACACUUUGGAACAGGGAACACUUAUUAACUAUUAACUAUGACUUUUCCCUCAAUAAACUCCUAAUUUGGUGCUUAUUAAUAGUUUGUGCGGUAGUUGAUAAGUUUAGGUACUAGGUAGGAUUAGGGAUGUAGAAUAAGGCAUUAAUAUGUGCAUAGUAAUUCCUACUAAUAAAUGGCUAAUAUUCUAUUAAUAAGCAACUAGUUAAGAGACCCUAAAAUAAAGUGAUUCCAAUAUAGUUUUGGUAAUUAUUUAAUAAUUAUGUAUGGGAAAUACCAUAUACACAAACAAAAAUGGACUAAUAAUAAACCUAUCAUUACAUUAUAUAAAAUUAAACUGAAGCAUUACAUUGAAGUCUUAAAAGAUCUAAGGAAUAAAAAAGCAAAAAGUGUGUAUAGAAUUUUUUAAUCCUUUUCUU